AUGACUGUGUUUGUUAGACCCCGGGACCUCUUUUUCUGCCUCCAUCACCGAGGUAGAGUCUGGUAUUCGACAUCCCUGCUGGAUUUGAGAAGAAAGAAGUGGCAAUCUGGAGUGACAUCGCAAAGUCUUCAGGUUCCUCAAUCUCCAUCACCAUCAACUCCCUCACCAUCAGGCAUCCAAAAAGCAUACGGCGAAGUAACACACUUCCUCGGCGGCCUCAUCAACCACCCCACCUCAUCAACAAAACACUACACCAUUCUGCGCCACUCGCACGGCGUCGUCUUCUACCGCGGCAGCACCACCUCCGUAGCAAUCUCCAUCUUCUCCUCAUCCCCCCUACCCCCAGAUCGCACCCUCUGGCUCCAAUCCAAAGGCUGGACAGGCAAAACAGGCAUGAAAGCAAAAGCCCUCUUCCGUCUCCACGAUGACUGGCUAAACGUCACGCCCUCUCUCCCCGUCAAAUCAGACCAGGUCGACCCCGCCGACGAACGCGCUUGGCAGCGCGAUAUCGCCAAAUUCCCGACUCGCGUUCCGGCCAAGGUCCGUGAUGGGCAUGCGCUGCGCGAGACGGCCGUCGUGCGCAUCCCUGUUGAAGCCGGGGAUGGGUAUUUCCAGCUUGUGCUUUGCACAGGCAAGAAGAAGGUAUUGUGUAUGAGUCCUGUGUUUCGGGUGUUGUCGACGUCGUUUUCGCCGCAUUCACUGAGGGGAGCGAGUUUGAGUACGCUGCCGUUGGAAGUGGGUGCGAUGGUGGCGAGUCUGUAUGCGCAGGCGACGGUGCAGCGGUUUGUUGGGCCUGUUGCGGCGAGUGUGCAGGCCAAGAUGGAUCAUUAUACGCCGUCGGGUGUAAAGAAGGUGGCGGGGGAGAAGGCGUGGAAUCUGAGUGGGAUGAAGGAUAGACUGGGUGUGCCGGCUGGGUAUCAGAAUAGGCAUUCGUUGUCGCCGAUGGGUGAGCCAGAUGCAGGAUAUCUCGAGCAGGGGCCGACGUCUCCCUUUCCUAUGAAUAUCAAAGCAAGGGGAGAUAUCAUUCCAGACUAUCCAUCCGACGAACCCCCACGUCUCAAUAUCAAGGUAUCAGACCUGACUCUGGACACUCUCCACGGCUACUUCUUCGCCUGGACACGCAUCGACAAUCCAAAACAACAAAGCCCAUGGCACCAAUCCAUCCUCUCAAUAACAACCCUCAACCCGCUCCUCGCAUCCAACAUCAACAUCACCCAAACGACAAAACGCCUCUCCGUCCUCCGCUUCCUGGACACCCUCCCACUUCCAGCUAACCCCAAACUCGAAAUCCGCAUCAUGGGCUUCAUCCGCGCAGAUCUCCCCCCGCCUUCACUCGCAAUGACACAGGAUCAACUCCAGUACGCCCGCGAGGCUGCAGCUGAGGCGGCCAUGUUGGCUGAUACGUGCGAUGCGAGUCUGGCGCAGAGUAUCCUCGAUCAUCCGGCUUGGGCGCCUGACAUGCAUGAUCGGAGCCAGGGGUGGAUGGAGCGGACGAGGGAUGGAGUUAACAAUGUACGCAUGCGAGGACAGAAGUUCAUCGAGGAAGCGCCCUUGCAUUGGAUUGGGGUGAGGAGUGCUACGGCAGAAAUGAAGGAUAGGGAGGUGCUGGUGAAUGGAUUUUAUAUUAUACGGUUCUAG